UCAGUGUCACAUCAUCAUGGAUCAAAUAUUUCAAUUCCUUUUGCUCUGCCUUGUCGCCUCGCAAGUAUCUCCAAACCCGGAGGUUGAUUACUGCUCCAAGCAGAGGGACUUGUGUCGACCUAACGAAAGGCAUGUUCAUUGCGAUAAGAUCUCCGGCUACGGCGAUAAAUGUGGAAUCGAAAGUUGUAUGGUGAAGAAAAACGAAAUAAUCAAGGAAGCGCUUCUGGACAGACACAACCAGUUGCGAUCGGACAUUGCCCUAGGGAAAUAUCCAGGCUUCGAUACCGCCAAAAAGAUGUCAACACUGAGCUGGGAUGACGAGCUGGCCCUGGUGGCCUCUUACAAUGGCAAGCACUGCGCAUUCGAACAUGAUGAGUGUCGAGCUACCGAUACGUUCAAGAUGGCUGGGCAAAAUCUAGCGAUCCGGUCACAUUCGAGCUUCGGAAGGGGAAUAGAACAGUAUAAAAAUACUAAAGAAGUGGUCGUAAAUAUGACCCAAGCGUGGUUCGACGAAAUUAAGGAUUGUAACAUGGAGUACCUCAGAACUGGCAGUGGUCCGGUGACCGGUGUUGUCGGACAUUUUACCCAGAUCGUAGCAGAUCGCUGCACCAAGGUUGGAUGUGUUCUCGUACGCUGGCGUCACCCUGACGAGGGCAAGAAUGAAGUCAGCUACUACUUGGUGUGUAACUAUUCCUUCGGAAAUUUGCCGCCUUACUACGAAUCGGGCCCAACUGCUUCGGAGUGUAAGAAGGUUAACCCAAGGUAUCCCGGCCUGUGUGAUGAUUGAUAGGAGUAGUCAAUGACUAUCGUUUGUAAAAAAAAGAGAAACAACGAAAGAAGUCUGUUAUGGCUGGUAAUUUCCCCACUUGAAAAAAAAUUGUAUGAAACUAACAUAUGUGUAAAAAUGUCGAAUAAAGACAAAUCUUAUCAUUGCUUAA